GACCUCUGACGCAACCAAGGAAAAUCUAAUUCCGGUUCAGUAAUUGAACCCGGAGUCUGAAUUCAAUCAUUGUCAUAUAUAAUAUAUAUUUUGAGCGCAAUUUAUUCAUGCGCGAACAUGUUUACGCUCAUGAAAUCGCGUUUUUUUGGCAUUGGUUACAAGAAACGCGUUUGUAUGUGUGUCUUUCUUGGUCUAGUUUGUCUGGUGCUCAUCGCAAAAGAAUAUUUACGUGUAGACUUUUCAGAUAUACAGUCUGUGCACCGGGCAUUCUCUGGGAAAAGCUCUCGAUCAAACUUCGACUGGGAUGGCUGGGUUGAAAGGAAUAGAUACAGAUCGAUUGGCGACGUUUACGAUAUAUGCGGUUAGUGUAGUAAUCAUUUGUUUAGCUUGGAAAUUUUUUCUAAAAUCAGUAUGAUUUACUUAUAUUAUCAAAACCCCGCAUGAAGCAACCUAUCAUAUUAGGCUAGCUGUGUAUUAUAAUGGUAAACAUUUUAUUGCACGUAACACAGUUAUUUUUUCUAGUAAUUUUUCGGCUAACUAAUAGCAAGCUAUAUAUUUUUAAUAUGUUUGUGUAUGUAUUGGAUUCACAUUCGUUGUUUUGGACUAUGCAAAAAUAAAAAAAAAAAAAAUUUAAAACAAGUACGUGUUGACGGUGUUGUUUUGAUUGGGAAUUUGAGAUGAUUAUUUCUUCCCAUAUGAGGCAUUUGUUGAAAACUUUGACCUUGCUUUGUCCGUUUACCCUGCGAGCAGAGACUCUAGCAAUUGAUAUAUAAGGUCUGCGAAUGUACGACAAAAAGCUUGUUCGGCAAUGCGAGUUUCCUGUAUAAUUUUCAAUAUAAUUAGCAAAAUAAUUUACACAUUGCAUAAACACUUUGGGCACCCCUCGUGGAAAUGGAAAGCUUGUUGUAAAUUGUAAUAGAAUAUUGUGUUUUAGAUUCAAAAAGUAAUGAUCGUGUAAAAGUUGGAAAAGCAAUUCUAAGUUAUAAUCCAGAAAACAGGAGGAUAUAUGCAACUAUUGCAGCGAAUAUUACACUAGGUGAGAAAUUUUGCAGAUUAUAUACAUAUGACAACCACAUUUUUUACGUGUACUUCAGAAUAAGUAUAUUAAAUAGUGACUGUAGCAUGCCCAGACAUGUGGGUUAAAGGUUGAAACUAAGAAAACAAUAGUGGGGCUUCACUCAUAGCUUGUAUAUUAACAAUGCCUACAAGUUUUCACAAUAAAAGUUUUAUUUUAGCUGACGAUCUUGUCCGUGGUACAGCCAACAUAUACGCCUCAUAUCGUGGCCGUGUUUUAUUCAAUGAAACAUUUGAUGUCUGUCGUGACUUACAUGUUAAAGGUUUGAAAUGUCCCAUGAGAAAAGGUAUAGCAAGCUUGAUAUUAGAUUCAUUCAAGUGUAUACUUCUCAAAAACUACACUAUACACUUCUCAAAUAAUCUCAUUACAGGUGAUAAAAUUUCUGUCCAUGAGAAGAAAAAGUUCCCAAGUCAUAUACCAAGUGUAGGUUGAAAUGCAUGUCAGCCAGUCAGUCGACCGGUCGGUCGGUCGGUCGAUUGGUUGGUCUGUCGUUUCAUUGGUCAGUCUGUCGGUCGGUUGGUCUGUGUGUAAGUCGGUUGGUCUGUGUGUAAGUCGGUUGGUCUGUGUGUAAGUCGGUUGGUCGGUCAGUCUGUCGGUUGUUUGGUCAGUCUGUCGGUCGGUCAGUCAGUCUGUCGGCCAGUCUGUUGGUUGGUUGGUCAGUUGGUGGGUCGGUCGGUCGGUCGGUCAGUCUGUCGGUGUGUCUGAUGUCUGUCGGUUGGUCAGUCUGUUGGUCAGUCUGUCGGUCAGUCAGUCAUGUUUAACCUGACCAUCAAAUAUGAGGAUCUGUAUACUUGUGCAAGUGCUUCCUACACGCGUAAAAAUCUCACAACUUGUCAACAAGAUGUGUUCGCAACAGGUUUGAAGCAAGCUUGUCAACAAGUUGUAACAAUGAUGUUAUUUCAUCAAGUUGCUAUAAGGUUGUCACUCACAACUUGUUGAAUUGCAGGACGAUAACAAGUUGUUGGAACAACUUGUAACACGUCUGUUGAACUCAACAACCUUGUAGCAACUUGUAAACAAGCCGUUGACAACUUGUCAACAAGCUGGGAACAAGCAGUGCGAACACAUCCUGUUGACAAGUUUUUGGAACAGCAUUGCUACAAGUCUGCUGCAGGUUUGUUACAACUCGUGCGUUUUUACGUGUGUAGGAUGUUGCAAGCUUUGCAUUUUUCUUUUAUUCACACGUGCGUGUUUUUGUUUCAUGCUUGUAUUCGAAUGGUGUUUCAUUUUUUUAUUUUCAGGGUUAUUUUCUUGCUGUUGGUCAUAUACGGAACCAGAAUAACAAAUGUUUAGGAAUAGUUGAAGCAGAAUUUAAAAUUUGAUCGUAAUGUAUCGAUGCAGAAUUCUAUGUAUAUUUUAUAUUAUUUAAUUAUCAUAUUGUUUUUACUUGGUUGCACAUCGUGGACUUGUAUUUUAAUUAAACACGCGAAGUGGUUUCAUUCAGUAUAGCCUCCAUCGCACUCUAUAUGAAGGUCUGGUCAGACUGAGAAUUGGCAAGCGAGUUUGUAUGAGAGUUAUUUAUUUAUUAUAACUUUGCCAUCAUCAUACAUACACGAGAUAAACUCUAAACUUAAGUUUAAACUCUAACUUAAACUCUAAGCGCGAAAAGUGCAAUGGGAACGCUGUCCAUAGAAAUUCUUGGCUGUAUGCACAACGAUUAUGACAGUUAAGUCUUUCCGACUGAUGCCAGAGGACUGAUGCAGCACACCUUGGAAUGUUCCCAUUACCCUUUUCGCGCUUAGAGUUUAAGGUUUAAAGUUUUGAAGGACCUUUUUUGAAUUAGCUGUAUAUAUACGAGAUAUAUACACAUACAUAUACACAUGAGUGUGUUUUGGUUCACGAAAUGCCAAAGAGUACUCCAUAUGAUAUACAUAUGUAGUUGUUUACCUCAAAAGGUUGCCACUACAGCCUGUUUCAUCCAAGAGGAAUCAUUAGGUGGCUGACAAAUUUAUCAGCCACCUGACGAUUCCUCUUGUAUACAUAUAUGUAUAUACCCUUUGCACAUGACGUCACAGCGCCGGUGACGAUGCAUCUGGAGGACAAAUUAGCAAUCUAUGCAUAAGGCCACUACAAGUUAAUCUUUAGUUUCUGGUCCGGCCUUAACUUCGUUUACGACGCGGGCGGGCGGGUGGUUAGGACUUUUGGACAUAAUUACAAUUGUGGCUUUGCCCACAUUUUUGUGGUCUUUCUUGUCCCUUUUCAUGCUAAUUGUAUCAAAAUGUUAUGAAAUUUUACAUAAAUUGCAUUUAUAUUAUUUAUAAAUCAACAUGUAUGACAGACUACAAAGGA